CCCAGUGCCUGGGCCCCGAGAGUAGAAUGGUUCCCGAGGCCCAGGGCGUCGUGCUUCCGCGCGCCCUGUGAAGGAAACUGGGGACCCUCGAGGGACCCCGACUUUAACCGCGAAAACCCCGGAUGGUGUGAAGCAGGUGCCUCUCCUGUCGCCAAUGUGAACGCGGCGCGGAGUCUGGGCGGGCUUGGGCCGGUUCCGUGGGCAGGUUGACUCAGCUUUUCCUUUUGAGCUGGUCAAGUUCAGACACGUUCCGAAACUGCAGUAAAAGGAGCUAAGCCCUGACUUGUCUCCAGCUGGGACUAUUUAAACCAUGGAUUUUCCCAGCUGUGUUCAGUGGCUGUUGGAGGGUGGACCUGUGGGCGCGGACGCCUACUACUUUUUCUCUACCGAUCCAGGCAAAUGUGCAAUACCAACAUGUCUGUACCUACUGAUGGUGCUGUAACCACCUCACAGAUUCCAGCUUCGGAACAAGAGACCCUGGUUAGACCAAAGCCAUUGCUUUUGAAGUUACUAAAGUCUGUUGGUGCACAAAAAGACACUUAUACUAUGAAAGAGGUUCUAUUUUAUCUUGGCCAGUAUAUUAUGAAUAAACGAUUAUAUGAUGAGAAGCAACAACAUAUUGUAUAUUGUUCAAAUGAUCUUCUAGGAGAUUUGUUUGGUGUACCAAGCUUCUCUGUGAAAGAACACAGGAAAAUAUAUACCAUGAUCUACAGAAACUUGGUAGUAGUCAAUCAGCAGGAAUCUUCAGACUCAGGUACAUCUGUGAGUGAGAGCAGAUGUCGCUUUGAAGGGGGGAGUGAUCAAAAGGACCCUGUGCAAGACCUACAGGAAGAGAGACCUUCAUCUUCACAUUUGGUUUCUAGACCAUCUACCUCAUCUAGAAGGAGAGCAAUUAGUGAGACAGCAAUUUGUUUUUUUUUCCUUACAUAUCCAGAAGAAAAUUCAGAUGAAUUAUCUGGCGAACGGCAAAGAAAACGCCACAAAUCUGAUAGUAUUUCCCUUUCCUUUGAUGAAAGCCUGGCUCUGUGUGUAAUAAGGGAGAUAUGUUGUGAAAGAAGCAGUAGCAGUGAAUCUACAGGGACGCCAUCGAAUCCGGAUCUGGAUGCUGGUGUAAGUGAACAUUCAAGUGAUUGGUUGGAUCAGGAUUCAGUUUCAGAUCAGUUUAGUGUAGAAUUUGAAGUUGAAUCUCUCGACUCAGAAGAUUAUAGCCUUAGUGAAGAAGGACAAGAACUCUCAGAUGAAGAUGAUGAGGUAUAUCGAGUUACUGUGUAUCAGGCAGGGGAGAGUGAUACAGAUUCAUUUGAAGAAGAUCCUGAAAUUUCCUUAGCUGACUAUUGGAAAUGCACUUCAUGCCAUGAAAUGAAUCCCCCGCUUCCAUCACAUUGUAACAGAUGUUGGGCCCUUCGUGAGAACUGGCUUCCUGAAGAUAAAGGGAAAGAUAAAGGGGAGAUCUCUGAGAAAGCCAAACUGGAAAACUCAACACAAGCUGAAGAGGGCUUUGAUGUUCCUGAUUGCAAAAAAAUUACAGUGAAUGAUUCCAAAGAGCCGUGUGUUGAGGAAAAUGAUGAUAAAAUUACACAAGCCUCACAAUCCCAAGAAAGUGAGGACUAUUCUCAGCCGUCAACUUCUAGUAGCGUUAUUUAUAGCAGCCAAGAAGAUGCGAAAGAGUCUGAAAGGGAAGAAACACAGGACAAAGAAGAAAGUAUGGAAUCUAGUUUGCCCCUUAAUGCCAUUGAACCUUGUGUGAUUUGUCAAGGUCGACCUAAAAAUGGUUGCAUUGUCCAUGGCAAAACGGGACAUCUUAUGGCCUGCUUUACAUGUGCAAAGAAGCUAAAGAAAAGGAAUAAGCCCUGCCCAGUAUGUAGACAACCAAUUCAAAUGAUUGUGCUAACUUAUUUCCCCUAGUUGUCCUGUGUAUAAGAGAGUUAUAUUUCUAACUAAUUAACCCUAAGGAUUUAGACAGCAUGAAAUUUAUUUACAUAUAUCCAAGUGAGAAAAUGCCGCAAUCCAUGUGGAUUUCUUCUCUUUAGUGUAAUUGACCUACUUUGGUAGUGAAAUAGUAAAUACUUACUUUGAAGAAAAUUUCACUUCUGUGUCUAUUUUAUAUUUGGGGUUUUAACAUAAUUUGAAUUGAAUAGUUCAUUCUUUAUCAUAAGCCCAAAUUUUAAGUAAUUUCGACUCUAUCUUAAAUGAGAAUUAUCUAUUUUUUAAAAUAUAUAUAUAUAUGGCAUUUAAAUGUAACUUAUUUAGUACCUUUCAUGUAAAGGGAAAUUGAUGGAAAGAUUUAGUUAGUUUUUUUGGUCUUUUUUUUUUUUUUUUUUAAGACAGAGUAUGACUCGGUUGCCCAGGCUGGAGUGCAGUGGCACAGUCUUGCAGUCUUCACCUUCUUGGUUCAAGCAAUCUCCUGCCUCAGCCUCCAGAGCAGCGAGGAUUACAGGCACGAGCCACAACACUGUCUGAUUUUUUUGUAUUUUUAGUAGAGACAGGAUUUCACCAUGUUGGCAGGGUGAUCUUGAACUCCUAAACUCAAGUGAUCCACCCGCCUCAGUCUCCCAAAAUGCUGGGAUUAUAGGUGUAAGGCACCAUACCUGGCCUCAAAUUUUAGGUGUUAUUAAACCUUCUGAUCUUUAGUUUCUGUCUCCAAAAUACUCUUUCGGUUAAAAAAAAAAUGGCUCUUAUAUUUGGUGCUAUGUAAAUAAAAAUGUACUACUCUUUUUUCUUUCUUUAAGAGUUCUUGUUUUUACAAUAGAGACAGGGUCUCCUUAUGUUGUCCAGGCUGGUCUUGAACUCCUGGACUCAAGAGAUCCUCCUGUCUUGGCCUCCGUAAGUGCUAGGUAGGAUUACAGGUGUGAGCCACCCCACCUGGCUGUAAAAAUGUACUUCUUAUUCUCCAGCCUCCUGUAUAAACUCUAGUAAGGGAUGGGGGUAAUGAUGCUACCAGUGAAAACAGCUACCAUUUACCCAUAAGACAAAACUUUUUAAAGCCUCCUGAGUAAAAUGUGGAAUUGUCUUGGGAAUCUAACCUAGUAUAUCAAGCCCUUCUUCACACAAAAAAAUCUUUUCGGGAUUUAGUGGAACCUGUUGCUUCCCCUAAGUUGGAAAACAACUGUAGGACACUCCAAGUCUUCCUGGGCUGGGUUACUUGGGGCCCAGCCUAGGCUUCAGACUUUUGCUUAAGGCCAGUUUCGGAAACCUGUGAAUUCAGAAAGGUUAAUUCAGAAAUUUGAUCAACGGAGUUGUUUAACAACUAACUGGAAAGAUUGCAAGUUUUUUUUCUGAAUUAUCCAGAAAUUAUGCAUCCUUUUCCUUCAAGAAUGACAAGGUCAGAAUGUGGAAUUCCAAGAUACCUCUUGACUUCCUCUCUAGCUCCAUGUUUGGUCAGUGGAGGCCCACGCGAGCUCAGCAUGCGUACUGAGAAGUGUUAGUGUCUUUCAGAGCCAAUCUACCCUGGUCACGUCACGGUGUUCAUCUGCAGCUACUGCAUGGUGUUCAGAUUGUGUGAAUCCAAAUGUCAUAAAAACUUUAGAAGUGCAAUUCUCGAAAGGUUAGGUGUACUAAAGCAUUCAGUAAAGCAACUGAGAAUAAUGAGUUUACAGUGGAUAAUUCAUUUGAAUUUGAAAAAUAUAGAAAUGAACCUGUCAAAUACCAGCAAGAACUGAAGAAUAAAAUUACUGAUGCAGCGAAGACAGAUGCAAAGAUCAAACAAUUGCAGACUAAAUUUAUAAUGGACAAACCGAAGAAAAAUAAAGGACUACAGAAAGUUCAGGACAUCAAGGAAGUCAGGCAAAACUCAUCUUGACCCCUCUUGCAGGCAAAGGAAAGCAGCUGGAAGAAAAGAUGGUACAACAGUUACAACAGGAUGCAGUCAUGGAAUAGGUUUCCUAAAAAUCUCAUCUGUAACUACUAAUAUAUUUACAUUUGAAAAUCUCUUUUGGAGACUUAAAAUUUCUAAAUUAUUGAUUAUUAUUUUUUUUUUUUGAGACAGUCUUGCUCUGUUGCCAGGUGCCAGUCUGGAGUGCAGUGGUGCGAUUUCAGCUCACUGCCACCUCCACCUUCUGGGUUCAAACAGUUCUCCUGCCUCAGCCUCCCAAGUAGCUGGGACUACAGGUGCCGUGCCUAGCUAAUUUUCUUUGUAUUUUAGUAGAGACCAUCUUGGCCAGGAUGGUCUCGAUCUCAUGACCUCGUGAUCUGCCUGCCUCAGCCUCCCAAAUUGCUGAGAUUACAGGCGUGAGCCACUGCACCCAGCCUGAUUUAUUUUUUCUAUAAGGGCACUGAAAUGAAAAGUGAUUUAAAAAUCACCUACGUUGCUAUCUAUAAAACCUCAGAUAAUAGGCAUAUUAGAUUGCAUCUCAUUGGUAACUCUCCACUGAUAGAUACGUUUAUGUAAAUCAUGAAAUUCUGUUUAUAAAUGCAAAAUUGAAAUGUGGACAUAAAAUGGGUAUGCCGUUUGGUUAGCGAUACUAGGCUACAUUUAUGUAAUAACUAAUGACAAAAUUCAAAAAUGUAUGACUAGUGAUAGACAUAAAAUUUUCUUAGCAGUAAAAAUGCCCUUUAUUAUAGAAGGGAGGAUAUAAGGAAUCAACAGUUUGUAUGAAAAUAGCUCAAAUCAUUUAUUUUGAGUUUAAUAUUUCUUGUUUUGGUUUAUUAGCAUUUUAGAACAAAACGGCCUUAUAUAAUGAAGCCUAGUUUGCUGGACGGUUUUGACCUGGUUUAACUGUUCUGACAUAGUUGGGAAGGAGAGCUGACUAACCUUUGCCUGAAAUGACGCUAUAUAAUUUUUGCUUUGGCAAAUACUCAGUUCUAACUUGUGAUUCCUGGUAGAACAAGCUUUAUAUUUCAAGUCUAGGAAUGAUCUAGAAGGAGAUGUAUCUCAGUGCCUUUUAAAAUUUGUUGUGUGGUUUUCUUUUUAAAAGCCACACAGUAAUUUUGGAAAACAAUGUAUGGGUAGAACAUCUGUCCAGUAUUUUACGUGAAAUCACUUUUUUUAAUUUUUUGAGACACAGUCUUGCUCUGUUGCCAGGCGCCAGGCUAGAGUGUAGUGGCAUGAUCUCAGCUCACUGCAACCUCUGCCUCCCGGGUUCAAGCAAUUCUCCUGCCUCAGCCUCCCAAGUAGCUGGGACUACAGACGUGUGCCACCACGCCCAGCUAAUUUUUAUAUUUUAGUAGAGAUGGGGUUUCACUGUGUUGGCCAGGAUGGUCUCGAUCUCUUGACCUUGUGAUCUGCCCGUCUCGGCCUUCCAAAGUGCUGGGAUUACAGGCGUGAGCCACCACACCCCGCCUACAAAACCACUUUUAAUGGGUACAGAAAUUAGGAGGAAUAAGUUCUGAUGUCCUAUUGCACAGUAGGGUGACUAUAGUUAAUUAUUGAAUGUUCUUGCUACAAAUAAAUGAUAAAUGUUUGAGUUGAUGGGUGUGCUAAUUGCACUGAUUUGAUCGAUACACAUUGUAUCUGAAACAGUACAUGCGCCAUAAAUAUUUACAAUUAUGUAUCAGUUUAAAAUUUUAUGGAACAUUUAUAAUGUAAAAAUAUCAAACUGUAGAUUAACUUCUUGAUUUAUAUUUAAAUAUGAAUCUUAAGCAAAAUAGUGAAAAUAACUAUCUGGUUUAGUGUUUUUCUCCCAUAUGUGAUUUAUAGAUACUUAGAGUAAAAUCAACUAAACUGUAAGCAUAGAAUAGGCCGCAGGGAUAAUUUUGCACAGCAGUUUUACUAAUGGUACAUUGUUACAUUGUUGCUUAAAAAAAGACACACCCACACAUUGACUUAUGAAACCAUUGGCCAAAGGGAUUAGUACUUUACCUUUGGAGUUCCUCAAAGCCUUAUUUGAAGUUGAACCAAGUAGAAUCUUUUUUCCUGAGGAGUGUAGCAUAAAUGUGAUUAUAAACAUAGUACACAUAAGAUACAUGUAUGCAAUGACUGCUGUUUAUACAGAAUUUAAAUCUGCAACAACAUGUUUAUGGGUUAUUAAAAUUAUCUAAAUUCUUAGAUUCUGUGUAGUACACCUGUAUUGAUUUACAAAUAAAUGAUUUAUUAAGUGAUUAAGAA